UGUAAUGGAUCUUCAUCAGAAAAUUCAGCUUCAGACCGAAAGUCUUAUCCUUUAAAGUAUCUAGAGUCAAGAAUAUCUAAUGAAAUAUUUAUUAUAACUUUUACAUCAGGCGACUUCAGCAUUAGUCAGCUACCUCUCAAGCGUCACCAGGUCUUCCUGUGUCUUUCCAUAGUUCAAAUUUGCGUCUUUGGCUGGAGUUCUUACACGAUUUGUGAUGAAUCUCGUAUCAGAUCAAGAUUUGUUGAUGAAGAUAAUGAAGAACUUGGUAAACUUUGAAUGGCUCUGUCAUCUCCACAAAUUCAAUAUCAUUUUAGACUGUUGCUCUCUGGUUGAUAAAAAUGUUACAGGUAACUGAGGAACACUUAACACAAAAUAAUGUAAGAAUAGACUAAUAAAUAGAACAUGCACAAAACUA